GAAUGAACAAUGGAUGAGUCCACAGACGAAAGAAGAAAUCCUGUGUCUCUCUCCCCCAGCAAAGCAAGCACAUCUGUCCUUAAUGUAACGUUCCAUCAACCCGAGCGGGAAACACAAGAAAACUCCACCCCCCCAAUGAAUGCAUUGACAUCACGUCUCCCUCUUCCCACAGCACUCGUCGCAGGGAUAAUCCCUCACCUGCUCCCAUAGUUGCACACCUUCCCCUCUCUCCCGAGUGGCUCCCUUAUCCCCGAAGAACGCCGCUCUUUGUCUCUCAUACCAUGCCAGAUGGGCCUCAGCAGCCGUCACGUUGUCGAUGCGGAUGCCCGACCACGCAUUGACCCCUUGAUUACCGCUGAGGGAGUCGGGAAAAGCACAGUGGUGCUCACACGACUCGACGAAGGCUGCCCUCCCGUCCAGUGGCGAUGAUUGUGAUAGCCUCCUUCGUCUUCUGGAUGUUAGUCGAAGACCAGGGGGCCUCUGGAGGGCUUGAGUGAGAUUUCCCAGCACUAGAGAGCCGUAGAUUUUUGUCCUCGUGCCAUUAUCUCCAUAGACAUGCCCGAGGAACUGGGCUAGCUGGAAGCAGAAGGGGUGUGGAAUGAUGGGUGGCAUGGUUGUUCAAUUGCGGCUCAGCCGACCUACCUGAAUGCGGUCAUAUAUUGAUUGCACCAGGAACAUCGGCGUCUGCACGUAAGAGGCGACGUUCUGGGCAAAGA